AUGCCUUCUAGCUGGAUUCAUUUGCUGGGACUGCUGGCCCUGUUUCUUUGCACGAUCUUAUCUUCUGGAGAUGCCUCCCCCUUCGACGAGAGACGCCACAGAGGAUGGAAUCCGCGCCCAGGAUCAAUGCCGCAGAUUCCCACCACACCACCUUUUAAUCCAUACGGAUAAGGUGCCAUCUAAUUAUCUAAGAACUAACUAAA